GUAUUCGUGGCGGACUCACACUCAAUUCAAAAACAACAUACCCUCUAGUCGCCAUGGUCAAAAUUGAGCCCUUCGAAGUCGAUCAUUGGAUCCUAACUCGCGAUACAGGUCCCAAGUAUAACCUAGCGCACUCCUAUUCCCUUCCUAUCACAAUAAAGGACCUUAAAUCCCUGUCCGAGAACGUCGCAACGGACGACGAUAUUCUCGCUUCAGUGCAGUCCCUGCCUAUGAAUUAUGGCCCUUCUUUCACAGGUUUCGAGAAACUUCGUGAGAACAUUGCAAGCCUAUACUCAGAUGAUCCAUUGGUAUCUAUCUCCUCUGAUAGAAUCCUGACAACCCCUGGCGCAUCACUGGCCAACUUCAUUGUAUUUUUUGCCCUAGUUGGCCCGGGAGAUCAUGUCAUUGUCCAGUAUCCGACCUAUCAGCAACUAUAUUCUCUCCCAACCUCGUUGGGAGCACAGGUUAGCCUGUGGAAAGCGAAGGAAGACGAUAACUGGAACCUUGAUAUCGAGGAGCUGAAGCGCCUCAUCCAGCCCAACACGAAGAUGAUAGUCCUAAACAAUCCUCAAAACCCAACCGGUGCGAUAAUCCCCAGAUCAACGCUCAAAGAAAUCAUUCGAAUCGCCGAAACCCGCUCCAUAACCGUCUUUAGCGACGAAGUCUACCGUCCAAGCUUCCACUCCAUCACCCCAACAGACCCAAGUUACCCACCCUCAGCCCUAUCCUUCGGCUACAACAACACAGUCGUUACCAGCUCCCUAUCAAAGGCCUACGCCCUUGCCGGAAUUCGCAUAGGAUGGAUCGCAUCUCACAGCACUCCCAUCCUAGACCUCUGCAUCAACGUACGCUCCUACGCCCUCAUAACAGCCAGCCAGGUGGACGAGCAAAUCGCGUCGUUGGCACUUAGCCCCGCCUGCAUCCACAACCUAGUAAAACGUAACACAGCACUAGCAAAGAAUAACCUCGACAUUGUGCAGUCGUUCAUUGACGAGUUUUCUUCCACCUGUCAAUGGGUAAAACCCGUUGCCGGACCGAUUGGGUUCAUCAAGUUCACGAGGUCCGGUAUCCCUGUUGAUGACGUGGAGCUUUGUACAAAGCUCUUGGAGAAGAAAGGCGUACUCCUUGUACCCGGAAAGAAGUGUUUCGGGGGUGGGGAGAAUUUCAGUGGGUAUGUACGUCUUGGGUUUGGUGGGGAUACGGCGGUGCUACAAGCUGCGUUGGAUACUUUGAGGGAGUUUAUGCGCGAUGAUUACGGGUUCUUGACGUUGGCUGAGUGAUACUGCUUUCGUUAUUUUUUUU